AUGGUCUCCCAGCCCAGCUCAGCAGAAGGCACGGAAGGCGGUUCCGUCACCUUGCACUGUUCCUACAACUCCACCUCAGAACCUAAGGUUGGGAGCUUCCGGUGGGUGAAGGAGCCAGGGGUGGAGGUCAGAAAGACCACCCGGGAAUUCAUGGGAAGGGUGAGUCCCACCUCGGAGCAGGCCUUCCUCUUGGAUAGAAGAGCCGACAUAGAGAUACGGGAUCUGAGACAUUACGACUCAGGGGUGUAUCGAUGCGUGGUGAAGAUCCCUGGAUUCCAGGAGACUUCGGGGAACGGGACUGAGCUUCACGUACUUAGAGAAGACCUGAAAGGUAAGCUCAUGGGAAAUCUAAGAGGCCUGACUUUUGUAUGGGUGGAUUGUAUUGUCCAAUUCAGGCUCCCAAUCUGGUGUCCCAGAUCAAGAUGACCUGACUAGCUUUUGGUAGUCUGUAAGUUCUGAGAACCAGCAGCGAGUGAAUAAUAAUAAUAAUAAUAAUAAUAAUAAUAAUAAUAAUAAUAGUAUUUAUACCCCACCCAUCUGGCUGGGUUUCCCCAGCCACUCUGGAUGGCUCUCAACAGAAUAUUUAAAACACAACAAAACGUCAAAUAUUAAAAACUUCACUAAACAGAGCUGCCUUCAGGUGUCUUCUAAAAGUCAGAUAGUUGUUUAUUUCCUUGACAUCUGAUGGGCGGGCCUUCCACAGGAUGAGUGCCACUACCGAGAAGGCCCUCUGCCUGGUUCCCUGUAACCUCAAUUCUCGCAAUGAGGGAACCACCAGAAGGCCUUCAGAGUUAGACCACAGCGUCCGUGCUGAACAAUGGGGGUGGAGACGCUCCUUCAGGUAUACUGGGCCGAGGCCGUUUAGGGCUUUCAAGGUCAGCACCAACACUUUGAAUUGUGCUCAGAAACGUACUGGGAGUCAAUGUAGGUCUUUCAGGACCAGUGUUAUAUGGUCUCGAUUAUAUGUCUUUGUGUUCCCCUGUCUUAAUCCAUUCUCCCGUGUUUGGAAUCUUCCAGGAUCUAAUUCUGCACCACAACAGGAUACCAUGGUCCUCAUAUGGCUUCUCCUGCGUGCUUCCCUCUGUACCUUUGGAAUUACAACCACUGCUUUGGUGACACGUCUUUAUUAUGGGAAGAGAUGUGAGUAACCCUCAGACCUCCCCCCCCCCCCGUAGAAGCUGGCAUUUUCUGGACCAUAGAGAGAGUCAGAAGGGGAAAGGGCCAGAAGAUUGCCAUGGCCGGGAAAGUGUGA